CAUCUGACCAUCACCGCGCCUGAAUCCUGCCUCCUUCUCAUCCUCCUCCUCCUCCGCGUUCCCAACAGCCCUCCAACCUGAUCGCUCCACAAACAAGAGAGCCCUCUCACAUGUUGCUGCCCCUCCGCCCAUGUCGGGGUAGAAGAGGGAGGGCUUUAAGGAGGAGCUGUUACCCCGGCGGUGACCGACGCACUAAAGGUGAUGCAACUUCCAAUAACCCAAAAAUUGGCGGAAAAAAACCCCUCGCGGCAGACUCCUGUCAAGAGACUUCAAGCAUAGAAAAGUUUCAGGAUUAGGGCAGAAUUAACACAAAGCGGCGACGCCACUCCAGCUACACUCACAAACAACACAGAAGAGGCAACAGGGGGGACGGAGACAGAGAGCGCGACACGACGGGGUGAAGACACUCGAGCGAACCUCAGCCACCUCAGAAAAACGUCCAGCUCUGAUAGCGACAGGCAGGCGAGUCCAUCCCAGAGAGAGGGAGAGAGAGAGGCAGCAGAGAGGAUCUUUGCUGACAAGGUCCUGAAGGAUGGAAGAGAAGCAGUUUGCUGGGAUCCUGAACGGAGCAGUUCCAGGAGAGCCAGUGAAGAAGGAUGAAAACUCGCGGAGAGGGAACUGGGGCAACCAGAUUGAGUUUGUCCUCACCAGCGUGGGCUAUGCUGUGGGCCUGGGCAACGUCUGGAGGUUUCCAUACCUCUGCUACAGAAAUGGAGGAGGUGCCUUCAUGCUGCCAUACUUCAUCAUGCUAGUGUUUUGCGGCAUUCCUCUCUUCUUCCUCGAGCUUUCCUUUGGUCAGUUUGCCAGUCUGGGGUGUCUGGGAGUCUGGAAGAUCAGCCCUAUGUUCAAAGGCGUAGGCUAUGGCAUGAUGGUGGUGUCCACCUACAUUGGGAUCUACUACAACGUUGUCAUUUGCAUCGCCUUCUACUAUUUCUUCCAGUCCAUGACAAACCUGCUGCCGUGGACCUACUGCAACAACCCCUGGAACACACCGGACUGCAGCGGGGUGGUUGGCACCGGCCACCAGCUCAACGGCAGCCUGGCAAACGCUACCACCAGCCUGGUGGCGGGGGUGACCGAGGUGGUGAACCGCACCAAGAGGACCAGCCCCAGCGAGGAGUACUGGAAACACUAUGUGUUGAACAUCUCUGAUGAUAUUGGGAACUUCGGAGAGGUCCGUCUCCCUAUCCUGGGCUGCCUGGCUAUUUCCUGGUUUGUCGUCUUUCUCUGUCUAAUCAGGGGUGUUAAAUCCUCUGGAAAGGUGGUCUACUUCACAGCGACAUUCCCGUACGUGGUUCUGACUAUCCUGUUCAUACGUGGUAUCACUCUGGAUGGAGCCAUCAACGGCAUCAAGUACUACCUGACUCCACAGUGGCAGAAGGUCCUUGAUGCAAAGGUGUGGGGAGAUGCUGCCUCACAGAUCUUCUACUCCCUGGGUUGUGCCUGGGGUGGUCUCAUUACCAUGGCUUCCUAUAACAAGUUCCACAACAACUGUUUCAGAGACAGCAUCAUCAUCAGUAUAACCAACUGUGCGACCAGUGUCUAUGCUGGUUUUGUCAUUUUCUCCAUCCUGGGCUUCAUGGCGCACCACCUGAACGUCCCCGUGUCCGAGGUGGCUGACCACGGCCCUGGACUGGCCUUUGUGGCCUACCCAGAAGCCCUCACUCUGCUCCCCAUCUCACCUCUCUGGUCGCUGCUUUUCUUCUUCAUGCUCAUCCUUCUGGGACUGGGGACUCAGUUCUGUCUGCUGGAGACUCUGGUGACGGCCAUCGUGGACGAGAUCGGCACAGACUGGAUCAUCAGGAACAAGACCAUAGUCACAUUGUCAGUAGCCAUAGCUGGUUUCCUACUGGGAGUGCCGCUAACAACACGGGCAGGAAUCUAUUGGCUGUUACUGAUGGACAACUAUGCUGCUAGUUUCUCUUUGGUCAUCAUCUCCUGCAUCAUGUGCAUCUGCAUCAUGUAUAUUUAUGGUCACAGGAACUACUUCAAAGAUGUUGAGAUGAUGUUGGGCUUCCCUCCUCCUCUCUUCUUCAAAGUGUGCUGGAGAUUCAUCUCCCCCGUCAUUAUCUCUUUCAUCCUGAUCUUCACGGUGAUCCAGUACAAGCCCAUCACUUACAAUGACUAUGUGUAUCCCGGCUGGUCCUUGGCUAUUGGCUUUGCCAUGGCUCUGUCCUCAGUGGUCUGCAUACCGGUCUACGCCCUCUACAAGAUCUCCAGGUCCCCAGGAGCCACCUUUAGAGAGCGGUUGAAGAAUGCUUGCCGAUCGCAUCCAAAGUGGGGCCCUGCCCUGCAGGAGCACCGGACAGGCCGCUACGCCCCCAUGGCCUCUGAAGACACUGUGGAGGCUCGCCCCCUAAAGGAGAAGGAGGAGCUGAAGGAAGAGCAGAAGGAGGAAGAGAAGGAGAAGGAGAGGAAGGAUGAGAUCAGCCUCACCAUCCAGGGAAGCAACGGCUCCACCAACACACACAACAACCCCAACCCCAGCGCAUAGACAGCACCACCGUCUGUCAGCGCCACUGGGCAUCGCCCCACCGUCUCCUCCUUCUCUUCCUCCCUUUUCCUCCCUUCUGCUCCAUCCUCACCCCACUUUCCCACAGUCCUCUGUGGGGGAGAUCCCAUUCGCUGGAGACCUUUACAUAUUGUAAGGGCUUAUUAUAUCUAUCCUAACCUCUUCUAUCUAUCUGUGUGUUGUCUCUAGAUAAACGAAGAAAAAAAAACACGAAAGGAAAGAAAAAAAUUGGGUCAUCAUCCAAAAGAUAUGUGUGUAUGUUCGUGUGUGUGGGUGGCUGGGUUGUUAAUUUGUUCCACAUAAUUUAAUAAUGCAGUUUGUUUUUUCCUUUCAUUUUUUGUAAAACUUGUAUAUGUCAUCUUCAUAUGCUGUUAGAGGUACAGUAGAUUGUGAAGCUGCAUGUGUUUGUUUUGUGCAUGCAGCAGCAUAGAGACACACACUGUUCUCCUUUAUUCUGUUAGCUGGUUCUGUUUGAGAUGGGCGACUUAGUAGCGGCAGUGAUCUGACAGCUGGAGACUUGUAGUGGUGCUGUAACAUAGAAGACGAGGGUAAACUGUGCCUGUACUGGCCAUUUACAGUCUGAUGAGGCUACAAAAUGGAAUGAAGCUCUAUUCUGUGGCCAGAAAAAGAGGCGGACACACUCAUUCACACUCAUACACUCUGUAUAUUUACAGCACACAGUGACCUCAACCAUAGUUGAUCUCAGCUUAAGACUAAGCCUGUUGUUUUUUUAUGCUGCUUCUUCUUUACAAAAAUGUUUUUAAAAAAAUUCUACAGAGCACAAAUAUUUAACAAACACCCGAGAUGGCUACUGACACUUAGGGCUGAUUUUCUGUGGAAAUUUUCCUCCAUGAGUAACUUUUUGUUCCACUAAAGCUGCUUAAACUCAGCAGAGAGACAGUGAACUGUACUGUAACUCUCUCUGCAUCUACAUUCACACACAUGCACACACACACACACACACACACACACACACACACACACACACACACACAAAAAAAAAAAAGGUGGACGCAACUAUGUAUUUAGAAGUGCCAUCUCUUCUUAAGUCUUCCGGGCAUUCUUUUUUGAGUGAAAUGCAUCUUGGGGAUGUGAUCUGUGAAGGAGAAGCUAGAAAAGGGUCAUACGUGUGUCGUAGUCGGUGUCUCUCGUGGGUCGUAGCAAUCUGCCCCAUUCAGGCAUGUUACCAAAAACAUUACCUACGUUACCUGCACAUGUUUUUGGUAACAUAUGUAUCUCAGAGACUGAUCUGCUGUCAGCCUCUUACAGUCAGUGGAACCUUUAAUGUAUUUACAGACACUUGUUUUAAAGCUCUGAGCCAAGCUGUGCUGUAACCGAUGGAAAGACAGAAAAGCAGAGAGAAGCUGCUUGUUUCCAGAAGAAAAACAGAAUAAAAACUCUUCAAUGUAUUAUGUAGUUUUAAAUGUAGCUGCAUAGUAUCGUUCUCUCAGUAGAAGUCUCCUUUUUACCUCUCAUUAUUGUAAAGUAACGUAGUAAAUAAUAAUAAAGACAGCAUAUGUUUAUUUUGUACAAAAAAUAAAAACUAAAGAAUCUUAAUUAACCAUGUUUACCAUUCCUCAUCUGUGACUUGCUUUGUUGUUGUUUUGUCGGAGGGUGCGAUACAAUAGAGAGGACUCUCUUUAGCAUGCAGGGUUGGGUUUCCCAGGAGCGUCUUAUUGGAAAGCAUCCAGCACAGUGUUGUAGUAGUGAGGUGGCAGAGGUUUAAGGUGGUCUGAGGACUGAACAAGCACAUGGGCAGACUUUUGUUUUCCCCUUCAUCUAGACCGCUGUGUGAAACACCACAGCUCUUGUGUUUUUAUCCUCAGAUGCUCCGUCAGGUUGGUGGAGAGAUGCUCUUACCUGCACAGGCAGGGAGGAUUUUGGGGAAUUGCAUCAGCUUUGGCUCUUUUUGCACUGUAUGUUGGUGUUUGUGAGCUGUCAAAUCAUCAGUUUGUAUAGCUAGAGGGUCGUGAUGCCGGUGUGAGCAUUGAACAUAUUAGCACAAUGCACAAAAUCCCAUAAUGUAGGCAGCAUAUUUAUACAUAGAGAUGUUCUUCACUUCAUAAUGAGAGUUUGAUGAGAAGACUGAUGGAUCUUGCAGCCGCAGUUUAGCAUAAAAACCGGAAACAGGUGGAAACGGCAAGUCUGGCUUUGUCCAAAAGGUGUUAAAUUGGUCAGAUGGAGAAUGGUCUGGCUGCACCUCAUUAUCAUUCAGGCUUGUUUCUGUUUCUUUAAAUUCAUAACUGUCGUCUUGGGCAGUGCUAAAUAGGUGCAUGGGUGCAAAAUAGUGAGUCAGGGAACUAUCUUUGGGGUAAAUAUGCACACAGGGAUGUGAGAACUGUCAUUAAAUGGCCAAUUCACCAAAAGAAUCACUGUUUUAGUGCAUGAUCCAAGUUCUUUGCUAAACCUGCCAUUUUCAGGAUGUUAUUUGUCAGUUUGGAGGUUGUUAUUGUUUUCUGUAAUGAAAAGGAUUGUAAAAAUGGAAACAGACAUGUAAAAUUCACACCAGAAUUGGCAGACUUAUACUUGAAGUCUACAUCUAGUGAGUCAGACUAGUCCACGGGUAAUUCCAUCCACCUACCUACCAUAAUUUUUGAAGCUCACGGCACAAUAAAAAUUGCCUAGCAGCUGGUCUCAACCAAGUAAUAGCCUUGAACAUAAUGCCCAUAUAUUGGCAAAUUAUUGUGUACAGGUGAGUUUUGGACUGAGCCAGGAUUGAGGUCUCACCCUGUUUCUAGUCUUUAAGCUUUGCUAAGCUGCCUAAAUGCUAUCUGCAGUUUUGUAUUCAGCAGACAGACAUGAGAAUAGUAGCAAUCCUCAGAUCUAACUCUCUGCUAGGUGGCAAAAAAACCUCCCAAAAUGGUGAGUGAUUCUGCUCAUAUUUUCAAAAUACUGAUGCACAUAUUCAUUCUCGUGUCUCGCCACUACUCCCCGUAAUCAGGUCUCCAGAGGACAGUGGUUUCCUAACACGACAGUGCAGUCACUCCAGGAAUCCACAAGAUUCAAAAGAUGGAGUGAUGCUAACACUCAGGGUAGUAAAGGUACAACAGAGGUGUAGCUGUGAAUGAGAGGUCAGCGUUGAAGCACAGGAGCUCAGAAGUAGUGAAUCAUAGUGAGCAUUCUGAAGCAAGCACACAUUUAUAGCCAGACCUUUAACAGGCUUUUGUACAGAAAACAGGAUAGAAAUAUGCUCUGGUUACUCAGAUAGAUGGUAUUUUUAGUUGGAUCUGUGUUGAUCCUCUGCUUCUGGUUCAUUCUUAAACUAUCCACGCCACAUGUAUUUGUAAUGGUGUUGAUUUUUUUACUAAAAUUACUUCAAAACCAGGUGCUGUCUGACACAAUACAUUCCCACCAACCUUUAAUCUAAACAUACUGUGUUGCUUUUUCUGAAACAUUAGGAAGUCCACUUCCUGAAUGAGGUGAACUUAUGACUCAGUGUAUAAUGGGACAGCUUGUAGCUCAGACCGCGUCCUGUUGGUGAUCGCCUCUCUUGUGUGUUCAUGUUGCUAGAAGUGAAGCUUAGCCACCAUGCUACCGUGCUAUCUCUCUAUAUAUCCCAACCCUCGCCAUGUCUGCUGGCCCUGCAUCUCAUCCUCCCAUUGUACAGUAAUGUAAAAACAAAAUAUAUAAUCGGACUGUGUGUGUUUGUUCCUCUUUGCUUUUACUUUGGGGGCAGGAUCGGUGUGGUUUUUUUGCAGGGCGGGGGAGGGCGGGGUAUCGGUUGAUUUUUGUUUUUUGAUUUGUCAUUUUUCUCGUAGCGUAAUGUAGAUGACGUCAGGUGUACUGUGUAUUCUGUGUGUAGUGGAUUAGCUCUUAUUGCUGAGCCUGCAUGUCGAGCAGGCGUAGUGUCAGUAUUGAUGUCCAUGUACCUCUAAUCUGUCAGAACUAGCCGAGUCCUAUUCUGCUAAUAAUAUACAGUCUUUUAAGGAGAAAAAAAACUUUUGUACUAAAAGAAGAGAAAGGAAACUACAUAUUUUAUCUUCAAAUUUUAAUCAUUGUUUAUCCAUGGUCGAUGACACUACUUUUUUGUUUUUGAAGUUGUAUUCAUAGGAAACUUAAGAUAAAGCCAGCUGAUAUUAAAAGCAUUGCCAAACAAAAAGCUUUGGAUCGAAACUUGAACUACAAAAGAAUGGUUAGUUUUUACUGUGAGCUCUGGUGUGGACAGCGGCUGCAGCUACAUGACGAUGCUUUUGUUCUUUGUUUUUUUGUUUUAUAACAGUAUUACAUCGACUUCAAGCUAUUUUCACACAGUGCAGUGCCACCAGUCAUACAUCACUGUUUACCGUUUUAAUAUCCUGUGGCCCUUUACCCGAGCAGUUUGGCUGUUCCUGUCUAGUUGUGUCAACAACAAAAAAAAAAACGAGCAAAAUCAAAACACCAAAAUUACUCUGCAACCAGGAAUGAAUCAGCAUCAGGAACUUACAUUUUCAUUCUCGUGUGUAAUAUCAUUUUGUUAGAAAACAUGAUUUUAUGUGGACAUUUUAGGAAAAUAAUCUGGCAUAUGUACCAGACCAGGGUCCAGUGUUAUUUGAAAUCGAUUCCGCCAGAAAGCACAAUUGAGAUGAAUUCAUAAUUGCAUGAAUAAUACACCAUUGCUUACCUUUACUGCACACCAUUUCGGCUGUGCAGAAAGUCACUCAUGUUGAAAACUAGUGAAGGUUUCGGACCAUUUUUGUAAACACACUCACAGCACAACUGCUCAACUGUAGUAAAAAACAAAACUGUGAUUAUCUUGUUUCUGUGGUUCUCUGCAAAUGACAGAACAUUACCUCUUGAAUUUCUUACUAUUGCUCAUAUAAGCAUAAUCUCAUUGCAGCACUUUAAAGAAAUCAUUAGUUUUUUUAUAAGCAACAGGAAAUAUAUAUAUAUAUCUAUAUCUAUAUCUAUAAAUAAUUAGAAUAAUAAUUCACACUUCCAUAUUGAAAAUAUAAAAGCACGUAAAGAAAAUAAUGUCUUUUUCAGUGGUCUGGCUGAAAGAAAUUGCUGUGUUGUUGCUAUGCCAGUGUGAAUUGUUACAAAGGAGAAGUGGAAAAAGGAAAAGCACAAGUGAGAAAAGAGAACACAGUUCUUCUGGUACCUUCUAUCAUAUCUAUCUGUCUAUCUAUCUAACCAUGUCUGUUCUUGUUCUUCAACCUUUAGGGCCAAAAUCCAUUGAAAUGUCUUAGUCCUGUCAGCUGUAUAUCGUAAACUGUUGAAUUACAAAAUGGUAAAUAAAAUCUAUUUUAAAGAUCA